AUGUAUUGGCAAUGUUCAUGGCAUAUUUUAAAAUCACCAUGUCAAAGGAGAUUCGUACGUGUUUUUUACAGGUCUUACAAAGCUCUACCAAAAACCGAACAGACGAAAUCAGAUGACGUUAUUAAAUUUUCUGUCAACGACGUACAAAAUAACGAAAAAAAUGAGUUUUUACAGUUAAAUGUAAAAUCGGGGCAAGUUAAAAACCACUUUUUAGUAGAUAAUUUAAAAAGUGAAAACGUUUCCGAAAGUAAAAGUUUAAAAUGGAAAGAAAUAGAACUUGACACUUCAAAAUUAGGGCACUAUUACUUAAAAUUAUCAAAAUUUAGGUUAACAUCUUUGGUUGUUAUGACCUCUAUGAUGGGUUAUGCCAUGGCUCCAGGUGCCUUUGAAUUAACAUCAUUUUUGAGCUGUGCUCUCGGAACAGGUUUAGUUUCUAGUGCUGCUAAUUCGAUAAAUCAGUUUUUGGAAGUGCCAUUCGAUGCUCAGAUGUCAAGAACGAGAAAUCGAGUGUUGGUUCAAGGUUACUUGACGCCACUACAUGCUGUUGGAUUUGCAACUGUCACUGGUUCUCUUGGUCUUGUUAUAUUAUAUGUUGGUGCUAAUCCUUUAACAGCUUUACUCGGUGCUUCAAAUUUAUUUUUGUACACAAGUAUAUAUACUCCUCUGAAACGAAUCAGUAUUGGCAAUACUUGGGUUGGCUCCAUUGUUGGUGCUAUUCCUCCUUUAAUGGGAUGGGCUGCUUCUCAUGGUAGAUUGGAUGCUGGAUCCUUGAUUUUGGGUGGAAUAUUAUAUGCUUGGCAGUUUCCACAUUUUAAUGCUUUGUCUUGGAAUCUGAGACCUGAUUAUUCUAGAGCAGGCUAUAGAAUGAUGGCAGUUACAAACCCUGAUUUAUGUAGGAAAACAGCUCUUAGGUAUACAAUAGGAAUUACUGCAAUUUCUAGUCUAGCCCCACUAUUCAGUGUAACUCAUUGGACUUUUGGUGUAUUAUCUUUACCAAUUAAUUUAUAUUUUGUUUAUUUAGGUUACAAAUUUUUCAAAGAGUCAGACAGUAAAAAUUCUAGAAAAUUAUUUCGUUUUUCACUUCUUCACUUACCACUUUUGAUGGUACUUAUGCUUAUGACGAAAAAAGAACUUUUAAAUUCUAUCAUGGCUCAAAAAGUUACCAAUUUAGAAGCCAUUACGAAUACAGAUGAAGAAAAAGUGAACGAAUCGAAAAAAAAAUAUAACUUGGGAUUGGAAACAAGACCAUCCUCUGGUUUUUCCGGUUUAGCUUUGGGUGCCACUUUACACGCUCAGGUUAGAUGA